UUAGACGGCAUCAGAGGACAUCUAGCUGGUGCCCUGCUCCACAAAUUCAUUCGAUUCGGCGUUGAUCUCCUUCAAUCAGUCGCAUUCAGUGACUGUCGCACUUUCAGUCUCACUUGCCGUCCCCCCCCCCCUCUGCGUCAUCGGCCUUUGAGCUGUCAUUAUGUCGGGCGGGUUGAUGCUCGAGGAGAAUGCGCACGACGACGGCUAUGGCGGCCCGUCGACGGGCCGUGUGAGCGGCCGGAAGCGCAAGUCCAUCUGGCGGUAUCUGGUCCAGCGGGGCGUCAUGGACGACGAGGCGGAGCUCCUCUGCGACGCAUAUGAGGUAAUGCACUGCACAGAGAGAGAGGGAGAGAGAUGGAGGGUUGGAGAAAGGCCUCUUUACACUGGUGGAAUCUCACUUUGUGUGUUGGGGGUGGAUGUGCCUCACAGGAAGGUGCCGAGGAGUACGUGUGUGCGUUGGCUUAUUGGCUGCCGGCGAUGUUCGAAAGGUAUAGAGCGCUCAAAGACGUCACAGAGGUCUUCAAGGUGAGUCAUCCACACACACAUCAGAGGGGAGACAGACAGACAGACGGCAUCGCCCCCUCCCCCUCUGUGUGUCCGCCGUGUAGAUUGACCACCCGUUUCUGUCGGUGUUGAUGCCGGACGAGCGCGUCAAGGUCGAGGCGCUCGUGUACGCCAAAAAGGCCAUUGGACACAUGGCCAGCCGCACCACCGCGGAAACGCACUACAAACAGGUAACUGCGACAUAUCGAGACACCAUCCUGCCAACCAACACGGCUGCGUCUCCCUCCCUCCCCCCCUCCCUCUCUCUGUUGCCCUGCACACAGGUCGCUGUGCGGCCGUUGGUGGGUGUGGUCCCCGAAAUGGAUGUCAGAGCCUCGGCGUCCCGCGUGAAGCCAAUCGAGACGCAGCCCGUCCGCGGCCCCAUUGCGCAUCGCGGGGCGGGGGGGCUGGUCGAGAGGGAGGGAAUGGCCACACCCCACAGACAGAAGGGGCCAAAGGCGACAAAGUCGACUGCCCAGGGCGGUGUGGCGAAGGCGUCUCUGUGGUGGCCCGUCAAGUGGCUGGUGGGCGGCUGCAUCAUGACGCCAACACACAUCGACUGAAUCAGGGAAGGCCCGCCGUGAUGGGCUGCGUAUGUGUCUGUCUGUCUGUCUGUGUGGAUGAGUGCGAUGUCGGCAUACCCACGUCAGCACUCAUUGCUUUGCUCCCGACGGUCACGAUGUGUGCAUCUCGCCCAAGAGAUCCCUUCAGCUGCAUCGCUGUGUGGCGUGUUGCCUUUCCUUUGUGGUCCCACACAGAGAUAGGCCGUGCACACGCGUGUGUGUGCGGCGGGGACACAGAGGAGGGCGACACACCGGAUGGGAUGGCUCUGCAUCGAUGUGGCUGUGUGUGCGGAUGAGUGUGGCUGAUGUCAGCUGAGGUGCCGAUGGAUGGAUGGAUGGCUAAGUGGCCGGCGGCGAUCCAGAUGUGUGUGAGUGAUG